AUGCCCUCAACGCCCUCCCUGCAGACGGUCCACGAGGGGCCCACCUGUCCUGCCUGCUUGGGGCCCCUGGAGGAUGCAGUGACCGCCACCUGUGGACACACCUUCUGCCGGCCCUGCCUCCUCCCACCCUCCCAGAUGGGGACCCAUCACUCUGGCAGGGUCCUGCUCUGCCCGCUCUGUAAGGAGAAGGGGCAGACAGAGACCCUCACAGCCCCUGUACCCCUGGGCCCUCUGGAAGAGACUUACUGCGAGGAGCAUGGUGAGAAGAUUUAUUUCUUCUGUGAGAAUGAUGUGGAGUUCCUCUGCGUGUUCUGCAGGGAGAGUCCCUCCCACCAGGCCCACACCGUAGGGAUUCUCGAAGAGACCAUUCAACCCUACAGGGAACGACUCAGGAGUCGGUUGGAAUCUGUGAGUGUGCAGAGAGAUGAGAUUGAGGACAGGAAGUGUCAGGAAGACCAGAAGCUCCACGUGCUCCUGACGCAGAUGGAAACCAAGAAGCAGCAGGUGGAAGCAGCUUUUGAGAGGCUGCAGCGGGAGCUGGGGGAACAGCAGCGCCUCCUGCUGGCCACGUUGAGGGAAUUAGAGCUGCAGAUCUGGAAGGAGCGAGAUGAAUACCUUAGGACAGUCUCUGAGGAAGUGGCCCGGCUUGGAGCCCAUGUCAAGGAGCUGGAGGAGAGGUGUCAGCAGCCAGCAAGCGAGCUCCUAAAAGAUGUCAGAGUCAACCAGAGCAGAUGUGAAAUGAAGACUUUUGUGAGUCCAGAGGCCAUUUCUCCCGACCUUGUCAAAAAGAUCCGCAAUCUCCACAGGAAAAUACUCACUCUCCCAGAGAUGAUGAGAAAGUUCUCAGAAAACUUGGAGCUUCAUCUGCAAACAGAUUCAGAGGGCGUCACUCUGGACCCUCAGACUGCCAGCCCGAGUCUGGUCGUCUCCGAGGACAGGAAGUCAGUGAGGUACACCCGGCAGAAGCAGAACCUGCCCGACAGCCCCCUGCGCUUCGAGGGUCUCCCGGCGGUGCUGGGCUCCCCGGGCUUCUCCUCCGGGCGCCACAGCUGGCAGGUGGAGCUGCAGCUGGAAGACGGCGGCGGCUGCAUGGUGGGGGUGGCCCGGGAGGCGGUGAGGAGGGAGGCGGAGGUGGGCCUGAGCGCCGAGGAGGGCGUCUGGGCCGUCAUCUUCUCGCACCAGCAGUGCUGGGCCAGCACCUCGCGGGGCACCGACCUGCCGCUGAGCGAGAUGCCGCGCGUCGUGGGCGUCGCCCUGGACUACGAGGCGGGGCGGGUGACCCUGUUGGACGCCGAAACGCGGGCGCAGAUCUUCACCUUCACCGCAUCUUUCUCCGGCAGAGUCUUUUCUUUCUUUGCUGUCUGGAAAGCAGGUUCCUGCCUUACUUUGAAAGGCUGAUGGGCACGCUAGGGUGGUGUAGAGGAGAAAGCAGUGCCCUGGGAUCCAGCUCUACCCUGGUCAGCCGGGUAACCUUGGGGGGCUCAUUGUCCUUUAGUGAGGCGAAAGAACAGCCGAUUUCAGAGUCAGGGCAGCUUUGUGGUUGUUUUUAUUUUAUCUUGACGUCCUGAUCUUCCUGCGAUGCUCCAGCCUUCUCUGCUCCUCCCAGUAAAGAACCAGAGGCAAGCUUGGCUGAUCUAAGUCACCAGCAAAGCUAGGAGCCAGCGAAUGUUUGAAGGAAAAAAAAAAAAAAAUCUAAAAUAAAUUUAAAAUAAUCUUCAAAAUAAUAAUCAUAGGAAAAACCAGAACUUUGUUGGGCUUGCACUAAUUUUGACAGUUGACCAUUGUUUUCAUCUUGACGUACACAUGGGGAUGCUUCAUCU